AUGUCAAACACUGAGAAAGUCAAGUACAGUGAACACCUGAUGCAAACCACAAAAUUCAUAUCCCAAUCCGAUGUGAAUGCUUAUCCUAAAGUUCUCGGGAUCUUAGUAACUGAUCCCCACUACACUGAUUCUUCCAGUGAUGAAGAGGGCAGCACUAGUCAUCGCUAUAGGGUCAAAAAGUACAUCAAUGAGAUCAUAUUCAAGCACCUCCCUUUUGAAGAAAAUUGUAACAAUGAUGGGAACGUAAAAGAGAAACCUAGCAACAGAAAUGUAGCGGGGAACAAGAGAAAAAGAAAAGGCACAGAAAAAGCGGAGUCUAAAGAUGAGAGCAAGCGUAAGAAGUUUCGUGGUGUGCGUCAGCGGUGUUGGGGCAGCUGGGUAGCUGAGAUAAGAGAUCCUAUUAAACAGAAACAAGUGUGGCUUGGCACUUAUGAUACAGCAGAAAAUGCUGCAAUAGCUUAUGAUCGUGCAGCUAUUCAGUUUCGUGGAACCAAAGCAAUCACAAACUUUCUCCCACCACCGCCAGUUAAAGAUGAACUCUCAAGCAUCACAACUAGAGCUGUUAAUCGAACUGGGUAG